AUGGAACGCCUUGGAAUUGCAGACUUCGAGCUUUCAAAACUGCUGGUUGUUGAUUUCCUCCAUGAGUUUGAGCUUGGGGUUUGGAAAACACUAUUCAAGCACCUCGUUCGACUUCUGUAUUCUUUAUCUGAUGGCACCGAGAAGGUUACAGAGCUAGACUCAAGCUCGAGCACCAUGACUCAUGCUCUCUACCAGGUUUCGGUGCAUAUCCACAUUUGGGGUAUCUACAAUAUGACAUGCGCCAUUCCUGCUUUCGAAGGUCUUCUCCCAGAUGAGCAUAAUGCUCGGCUUAUGAAGCUACUUUAUCGGUUGGGAGAAUGGCAUGCCCUUGCCAAGUUACGGAUGCAUACGGAUCUCACGCUUAGGGACUUGAACACCUCACGAAAAGCACGAACUUUGAAUUUAUUCACUUACAAGUUUCAUGUCAUGGCCGAUUAUGUUCCCGCUAUACGCUGGUUCGGAACAAUUGACUCUUAUUCAACUCAGCUUGGCGAGCUUGCACACCGUCUUGUUAAACGACUCUAUGGCCUAACCAAUAAACGUCAACACAAAGAUCAGAUAGCUCGUCAAUAUAACUGUUCAAAAAUGCUUGCCAAUGCCCGCUUUGCAAAGAAGAAAGCAGACAUGAAGGGUAAGACCUGUGCCAUUCCAUCUAACGUAGCCUAUGAUAUGGCUCAUGCUCAUCAAGUCAGAUUUGGAGAAGGGACUGGACCAGAGGAUCUUGAUAUCCCAUUAGAUGUACAUCACUUUAUGUCCAAUCGACGCAAUCAUCCUGUACAUCUCACCCCUUUCCUUCUCCAGCAACAUUCUGACCCGGCCAAAAAAGAUCACCUGCUUGGACGUCUCAAGGAGAUACCAUUUGAUGGUGACUAUGAGUUCACUGCUGACGAACGGCAAGAUGUCAUAAUUGCCGAAGAAAAAAUAUAUGCUGCAAAAACUCUCCGAAUCAAUUACACAACAUACAAUGUUCGUCGAGACCAAGAUGUCAUUAAUCCCCAUACAGACCACAACACUAUCAUGCUCAAAUCUCCGGAUACCAACCCAGAUGCACACCCAUAUUGGUAUGCUCAAGUGCUUGGAAUCUUUCAUGCAGAUAUCAUCCAUUGUGAUUCAAAGCUUGGAUUAGUCAAAUCGAGAAAGCAGAUGGAAUUUCUCUGGGUGCAGUGGCUAGGAACCGAGCCGGAUUAUCGUCCUGGUCAAAAAUUUGCAAAGCUCCCUAAGGUCGGAUUUGUUCCCGAAGACAAAGAAUUUGCAUUUGGCUUCCUCAAUCCUUCCCAAGUCAUUCGGGCUUGUCAUCUUAUUCCGGCCUUUGUUCAUGGCAAAAGCAAUGAUCUCCUGGCUACUAGACUUCCGACUGCAGCAAGGAAAGUUGGAGAGAGCGAAGAUUGGUUGAACUAUUAUGUGAUGAUGUAA